GACAUUUUCGUGAGCAACUUGGUUUCAAAAACGAAAGCAAGAUGCUUUGCCACGAGGAAACUGCCUCAUCCACCUGCGAACUGAGAUCUCACUCCUAAAGAGCUCUGUCUGAAGUCGUUUCAUUGUCUUCGCUCUGCCCACUCCCAUCUUGAUAUUUCCUCUGUGUACGGUUCGCUGCUGCUCGAGCUCAACUUGCGAAUCUCUCCGGUGAUUAAUCGGUGCACCAAAUACCACUGAUCUCUGAUCCUCAUCUGUUUCCGGGCGGUAGAAUGGGACCUGGAGGACCUGGAGGAGGCGGCGGUCCUGGAGGACCGGGUUUCGGCGGGCCAGGAGGACCAGGUUUCGGCGGACCCGGUUUCGGAGGUCCGGGUUUUGGUGGACCCGGGGGACCAUGGGGACCGGGGCCAGGAGGGCCUUGGGGUCCUGGGUUCGGAGGCCCGUGGGGACCCGGUGGCGGCUUCUUCGGACCUGGAGGCUUCUUUGGUGGGUGCUUUGAUGGCCUAUGCAGCAUGGUAUCUUCCUGCAUGUACUGCCUGUGCUGCUGCUGGUUGCUACAAGAUUGCUUCGGCUUCGGGCCGCGCGGCGGGCCGUAUGGCCCUCCCGGUCCUGGGGGUCCUCCGCCCUUCUGAUCUGGAGACCUUUUGAUCCAGCACACGGUUGCGUGCGCUAAUUUACCUAUGUAUUUCUCCGAUUUUCACUUCUGUAUCGUGGAUAAUACGCUGUUCGUCUUCCAAAUUUUUUUUUUCUGUUUGUGCUUCACAUUAGCGCACUAAAUCAUUUUGGAAUGCCUAUGAACCGCUUCAAAUUUCUCAAGAUACUGAUGACUAUGGCU